CAUCUCUCUUUUUCAUUUUAGGUCAUUUCUGAUUUUGACAUGACCCUGAGCAGGUUUGCAUAUAAUGGGAAGCGUUGCCCAUCCUCUCACACUAUUCUGGAUAACAGCAACAUCAUCAGUGAGGAGUGCCGGAAGGAGCUGACGGCGCUGCUUCACCACUACUACCCAAUUGAGAUCGACCCGCACAGGACCAUCCAGGAGAAGCUGCCCCACAUGGUGGAAUGGUGGACCAAAGCACACCAUCUCCUGUGUCAGCAGAAGAUUCAGAAGCACCAGAUCACUCAGGUGGUCCAGGAGUCCAGCGCGAUGCUCCGGGAGGGGUACAAGACGUUCUUCAACACCCUCCACCAGAACGGCAUCCCCCUCUUCAUCUUCUCCGCGGGCGUCGGCGACGUCCUGGAGGAGAUCAUCCGGCAGAGGAAAGUCUUCCACCCCAACAUCCACGUCGUGUCCAACUACAUGGACUUUGACAAAGAUGGUUUCCUACAGGGAUUCAGGGGCCACCUCAUACAUACGUACAACAAGAACUUCUCCGUGUAUGAGGACUCCGGUUACUUCCAGCAGCUUCAGGGCAAAAGCAACAUCCUCCUCCUGGGAGACUCCAUGGGGGACCUCACGAUGGCCGACGGGAUUCCGGGUGUGGAGAACAUCCUCAAGAUUGGCUUCCUGAACGACAAGGUGAAAGAGAGUCGACAGCUGUACCUGGACUCCUACGACAUUGUGCUGGAGAAGGACGAGACUCUGGAUGUGGUCAAUGAGCUGCUGCAGCACAUCCUGCACCCCGGGGACCCGCUGGCGAUGCAGGACUCCUGAGCCGGCUGGCCGGGCCCGCGGGGCUGCCUGCGAGGAGGGCAGGGGGCAGUGCCCGGUGAGCCCGCCCUAGGGGCUGAGCUGCGGGGCUGAGCCUCCCUCCCACCCAACCUCCCUGUGCUCCAGGGGUGGGGGCGGCCCCGGGGGGGCAGCAUGCCUGCCCCUGGCGAGCAGACCUGGGUGCUGGCACGCCAGCAGUUGUCCAGCUCAGAGGGGUCUUUUUUGGUAAAUUUUAAACAUGGACUGGAAAGGUGUUACACCAAAUUCAGUGUGAUGCAGACAAAAUAAUUGGACUCAGGAGGGUGUGUAGGAUGCAGGAACCUCCAGGGAGCCGCUAGGGCCGGGGGAGACCCUGGAGCAGAGCCUGGAUGCGGUGGGCAGGUAGAGCUGUUGGGGGGCAGGGCUUCCCCAGCAACUCUGCAGACAGGUCUGCGGACUCCACACACCAGCCCCCAGCACCGAGUACAAACCCCAUCAUCACCAAGGGAGGGUUGGGGGGCUGAGGGUGCAUUCAGCAGCCUUGUUGGAUAUAAAACCCGACAUGGGGGCCUUGGGGGGUCUCUUGGCUGGUGGCUUGUUUCUUGCCUCUUCACUGAAUCUCAGUGUGCUCUUGGGGUCCAGGUCAGCGGAACUGGUAGGACCCCUAAUCAGCUUGUCUUUCUUUCCCUGAGUUACUCAUUUCCCUGUCUUUU